CUCUUUGCGCUAAUCGUUCCUUCAAAUGACCACGUUCCAGCAGCUCCCCGCGCGGGUGGUAGACUUGAUUAUUCGCUUUCACUACGAGUAUGAAAACACAAAGAGGAAUCGCAAGGUGGUGGAGCGGGUGGACGACUUUGGCAGGCUAGCGUCCGUCUGCAAGUCAAUGCGCAAAGCGGCAUUGCCAUACUACCAUAGAACACUUGUUUUCCAGUAUACCCGCGAGACACCAUACAAAGACGAAGAAGCAGAGGAAGGGGUACCGCCGCCACCACCCCCAGAAGAUGAAAGAGAGAGCACCGAACCCCCUUGGAAGACAAACAUCAAGCAGAUCGCUGUCGAGUGUCGUAUGGAUGCGAUUACAGAACUAAUUAUCGUCUCCCACUACGACUACAUGAUGCCGCUGGAGAUCAUUGACGCGCUGAAGCAGAUGAACUUCCACAUGUUCAAGUGGAACAAUAUCGACACACUGAGGGUGUACCAGGGCCAGGACAUGCAGGAGGAGUACGAGCCGUCCGAAUGGGUCACCGAAGACUCGCUUUCUAAGCUAGGCGAGUACUUGGCAACCAACCUCCCAGCAGUGAAGGUGCUGGACUCGAUAGAUACACAAGGCGGACGUCUAGACCUGCUGCACACGAUGAGCGCGUUUCUGAAGCUGACAAUCAACCAGCUUACCCGCUUCCGCACAUGUAAUGGAAACAACCCUGUGUUUGGAGUACGCGACCUGCCGCCACAGAUAACACACCUGGAUAUCACACGUAGAUUCACAGUUGAGGCGCUGAUGCUGCCGCGGAUGUUUGCUCCAUCCUUGAAAGUCCUGCAUCUGCAGAUGCUUCCGCUUACCUACAUCUGGGACCACUUUUACACAAAUGAUCGCAACAGCCAGGAGCUGGAGUUUACAUCGCUUGAGUCGUUUGUCGUGUCGUUCUACCGUCCGCGUGAAGCGAUCAUCGAAACUGAGGAGAUGGGAUUCGAGCUCGAUGCUGCCAGACGGAACCGCCAGCGCGCGAUGGAGGUUGACCCGGCCUACACGGAGCUUAAACCCAGCCGGAAACGGCCAACCUUCCCGGUGCUGCGCAGACUCUGGGUGCUGGUAUACACAGAUCACAAAGUCGGCGAAUUUCUGGACGACUUCCCGAGCGCUCAGAUCCAGGACCUGCGCCUCAAUGGCUCUCUGAACACAUUCAAGUCGCUCAACCUGCACCGCUACACCAGCUUGCAGCGUCUAGAGAUGAUAUACGACGCUGGAGAUCGACUUCGUGAAUUCCCGCAUGUCAAACGGCUGUGGUCCAGGGUCUUCUCUAUCGGCCCGCAGCUGCAAUACCUGAAACUGUACCAGAUGUCGGCCAAGGUCGUUGCCUUCCCAGGCACCUCUACGUGCACAGGCUUGAGGAAGCUGCAGAUCGGGUCGGCCAUGAACAUCAGUGUCACCCAGUCGCUACUCAACUGCCUGCCGAGGCUUGAGUUUCUAGACCUGCACAGCCUAAUCAUCGAUGACGACUGGAAGAUGACUGAAAAGGAGCUGCUGAUGCGGGCCGUUGAGGUUGCCAAACAGCCUGCAUCCCGGCUCGGCUGCACCAGCUUGUUACGCAUAUCAAUUCAGUUCCAGGACUGCCGGCCCAUGCUCUACGAAUCGGCGUUGGCUAUAACCCUCUUGGUGCUCAAGAUCUCGUCGCUGGAAGUAUUGGACCCCAAAGUAUUCAGUCUCGUCGAGUACCUGGAGAAUAUCCGCAAAAAGGUCAUGAUGCUGGCCAUACACGACCACCUAGAUACCUACCGACACCUGGUGUUUUACCAUCCCCGAACUGUUUGAAUAUAUCACUUUUUGUUGUCCC